AUGGAAAAUCUAAACCAGACAAUCUUUAAAGACUUCGAGCUACUAGGAUUCGUUGGCUUUGAUAACUACAGUCCAGUUUGGUUCACUGUCUUUUUUUUAAUCUACGUUUUCACCAUCAUUGGAAACAUGUUGAUUAUUUUAGUGGUUUACUAUGACAUUCAUCUUCAUAUGCCCAUGUAUUUUUUCAUCAUUAACCUGUCCUGUCUUGAGAUUUGGUAUGUAUCUAUCACAACCCCCAAGCUUUUGAUUAUGCUGGCAACCAAAAAUAAGAAGAUCUCAUUCUACUGGUGCUUUGCUCAGAUCUACAUGUUCCAUAGUUUAGGUAUCACUGAGUGUAAUCUUUUGGCUAUUAUGGCCAUUGACAGAUUUGUUGCCAUAUGUAUACCACUCCGGUACAACAUCAUCAUUAAUACCAGAGUAAGUAGAGGCUUAACCUUGAUGUGCUGGAUAACAGGGUUCCUGAUGGCACUCAUUCCCAUGACUCUAACUUCUCGAGUUCCAUUUUGUGGAAGAUAUUACGUGAAUCAUUACUUCUGUGACUUAGCGCCAUUACUCAGUCUGGCAUGUAGUGACAUCACCAUGACUGUCACCAUAAAUAGAUUUGUGGGUGGAUUUGCCACAAUGUUCAACCUUGCUAUUGUUGUUCUAAUGUACAUGAAUAUAAUAUAUUCCAUCAUGAAGAUAAAGACUAAAAAAGGACAGAAGAAGGCAUUCUCCACCUGCUCCUCACACUUGACGGUGGUGACCCUCUUCUACGGUGCAGCUUGUAUUGUGUAUGCUACUCCUAAAACAUCUCGUUCAGUGGAGUAUGACAAAUCAUUUGCCCUGGUAUAUGCUAUGUUUACUCCUUUCCUCAACCCAAUCAUUUAUAGUCUGAGGAAUCGGCAAGUAAUUUCUGGGCUAAAAAAAGGUCUACAAAGCAUGAAGAGACAUAUUAAUGAAAGGCAUUGGAUUACAGGGCAGAGCAAUGCAGGCAUUGGAUUACAGGGCGGAGCAAGAGAAGGAUUCAAACUCUUUGUUCUGUCAAUCAACCAAGGGAAGGAGAGGCUUCAACAGAAGAGUGCUGUUGGGAACCCACACAGAGAAAGUCCCACGAAGGAGGAGGAUGAGAAUGAGCAGCUUUGUCUGGAGAAGAAGAAGAAGUCGGUGGUAGAGGAAGAGCAGGAAGCCGAUGAUGAUUAUGAUGAUACUGGCCAUGAUGACCAAUCAUCUUAG